CAACGUUCUAGCCACGAUAAGUUUUCAACAUUGGAUUUGUACGCUUGUACGUUCAGCCAACAGGUUCACGAAAGCGUCUAUAGGUCCUCAUCGUUUAUUACAGCGAGCGCACAGAUGGUGGACUGGAACAAUGUUUACUGACAACGGCCGCUCCCAACCAGUGCGUCAAACUUUCCAAUAAAGCUUAUCCUCGUACCAUUCUUAUUCUUAUUCCCUUACCAUCAUCAUGUCUUCGUCGUUCCGCAUAUUGAGCAAGCACUCCCGCUCAUUGUCCCAUAAGCUCAACACCGCAGCUGCAUUUCCCCAGCGCUCCUUCCACUCGCCUUUCGUCGUGCUUAACUCGGCUUCAUCCACGCUAACUUCCCCGCCUUCCCCGUCGUCAACCGUAUACUCCAUGUAUGAGAAACAAAUGGAUCAUUCACCAGAACCUCAGGUUUCAUCAUCUGGCACGCGAACAUAUGUCGUCUCAGAACCAGAUCCGUCUCACGCACCAUAUGAAGUGCCUUCAGGUGCCUACCCCACAUCUGCGCCUUACGUCAACUUCAGGUCCAUCAAUAUCAACGACGUACACGGUGCGGCGAACAGUUCUACCAGCGCUGAUACGGCCCACCCGUAUACUACCAACGCUGUUUCACACAACGAGUCUGGUGUCGGAGAAAGUGCGGCCGUCAGACAUUCAGAGGCUCCUGGUUCAAUGGGUCGGAGAGGUGGAAGUCAUGGAGGGUUAGACUUGAUGGAUGAAGCGACCACAAAACAAAGUAGCGCGCAGCUGGCUGAUAGGAAUCCCGCACCUGACUCGGAUGUCGCUCCGAAAUGGUCUAAACUCGGCGUUGAUGGAGCUUGGAAAGAAAGGAAAUAAGUCACGUAUGUGGUCGUAUGUGGUAUCGUCGGAGAGUUGCUGGGGGAACCGUAAUGCAUCCAUGUUUAGACUCUUGGUAUUUAUGUUGCCUACCUGCGUUUAUUGAUAUUUCUUCUGCUUUUCAGAAAGAGCUUUGUACAAUUAGGUUGUUUGCUACACUCGUUAUAAUCUUGCGGAAAUGUGUAUUUUGGUGUGAUUCACUCGAGGAUAUAUGCGCUUCAUUGGUGUGGGGCAG